AAUGGUUUAACACGACUAAAGAGGUGAUUUACCGAGAAACAACAAGAGAGAAAACGUCGUCGUGUUGUUUGGGGCGCGUGUUGACGAGACUGGCAGAGUCGCCGGCUGAGGAUUUGAUAGAAAGAAAGACAGAAAAAGGUUUCUUCUUCUUCAUAUUCGCCACUUCAAAUUUCACAUUCCUUUGGUGCUUCCUUCGUAGAUCCCACUCUCUCUGCUUCUUCGCUUUACCUCACUCUCAGAUGGCUGUGAAUUUUGGGAAUAUCUUGUUUACGUCGUCUCAGUCUAGCUCACAGGUUCAUGGGGUCACUGAUUCUGUCCAGGUUGCAGUGUGUUCUCUUUGUCAAAAGGCCCUAUCACCUGAUAAUGAGAUGGCAAGCGAUCUUGCUAGCAGUGGUGUGUGUGGUGAUUGUAAAUUUUUGUUACUUGAAGACUUUGGGAAUCAUACACUUACCCAAAGCUCACGAUGGAGGCUUAGAGGAAGAUUCAGGCACAACAGUUCUGAAUCCGUUGAGAAUAAUUUCUCACAGCAGAUCCCCCAUGUGGUUAAUACUGUGAGGCAACAUCAGUCAGCUGCUUCUGGGGAGGAUGAUCAACUUGUAGAUGGUGAUACCCCUGCUUGGUCAUUGCAAUAUGCUAGUGCACAUACUACCCCUAGUGGGUCUAGAAGGUGGAGGCAGGUUCUCUCUGACACUGACAGUGAUGGUUUUGAUAAUUGGAAUUCUCUUUAUGGCGAAAAUGAAUCAAGUGCAAGUUUUAGACAGUACAGGCUUCCCCAUGGCGAGACUGAUUCUUUCUCCCACAGUGCUUAUGGAGGUGACUCAGAUAUCUCUAUGGAUACUCAUAGUUUUGUAGGCACUAGAGUCUUAAAUUUUCCAGAUGAGGGAGAUGAGUUUGACAGUGACACUGACAUAGAUCCAAUGCAUGCUGGUCUCAGCCAAUGGAUUUCUACUGAUGAAGACGAUGAAGAGGAGGAAGAGGAAGAAGAAGAAGAGGAGGAGGAGGAGGAGGAUAGGGAAUGGGAAUUAGCUGAGGCUGAGGAAGCUGAAGCCACAUCCCACCUUCAAAUUUUUUUCACCUCUAGUCCAAGUGAGAGCAGGGAUCACAUUAAUUCUACUGAAUCUGGGGGAAUGUUUAGCCAGAUAAUCCGGGAGACCUGGCAUGCUUUUGAGGAUGUUGAUUUACCUCAUGGAGCAAACUUUGGGGAUUAUCUUGAUGCUAGAGGUUUUGAAGAUCUGCUUGAGCAUCUUGCUGAGAAUGACAGCUCAAGACGAGGAGCACCUCCUGCUGCUGUGUCUUUUGUGAAUAAUCUGCCACGUGUAGUCAUUGGCAAGGAAAAUGAGAAGCACGGGGAACUAGUUUGUGCCAUUUGCAAGGAUGUCUUGACACCCGGCACUGAAGUCAAUCAACUUCCAUGCUCUCACCUUUAUCACAACAAUUGUAUUUUUCCGUGGUUGAGUGCACGAAAUUCAUGCCCUCUUUGUCGGUAUGAACUUCCAACUGAUGAUAAGGAUUAUGAAGAGGGAAAGCAGAACAUUGAUAGUAGAAAUGUGAUCCAUGAGAGGCAGAGAAUAGAUGUAACAGAUGAUAGUUCUUCUGAUGUUUCUGAUGGAGAUGAGGUGAAUGAAGAAACUGGUAGUAGUCAAGGUGGAAUACAGCAGGGACUUCUGAGCUCAGGUUCUACCAUGAAUUCUUCUGCAACAAGAAGUGGUAGAGGAAGAUGGUUUUUUCUUGCUGCAGCUCCAAUUGUUAGUCUAGUGGGCAUUGUUCUUGUCUUGUGGUUAGGUAAUAACAACUCUCAGAUUGAAGGAAGUAGACAUCUGGGCGUUCACUACUUAUCCGGGCAAAAUCAGCACACCAUUCAUGCUUAUUCCUCUCCAAACCAGAGGGAGGGUAGAAGCAGAAGGUGGUGGUGCCCAUUCUAAGUGCUUCUUGAUUUGUCUAUCAAUAUGCCUCAUGAUGGCCACUUGGGAUGAAAUUUUUAACUGACUCAUGGCGUGCCUUUUGUCCUCAGUCCUCACUAAUUCAAGAAGACAUGUACAGAUUUUAGUUUGUAAUAUCGUAUCUGCUUUUGUUUCUUGUUUCCUUUUUUUCCUAGUUUGUGCUUCAAGGACCUUAUGUCUAAAUAUUUGAUUAUCUAUUGAUGUCUAAAUAUUUGAUCAUCUAUUGAUGUUUUAAUGUGUUAGACCUCAUUCAAUUUUGGAAAGCACCAUUAUCCCUAUUAUUAUUAUAA